AUGAGUGUAGGCGUAAAUUAUGCUGCGCUCGACAGCGAAAGACAACGCCAAGAGGACCUGCUUCGUGAACUCCGUGAACUUGAGAAGGAAAUGACUUCCCCCCCCUUCGACAAAACGCAAUUACCGCAGUUAGCAUCCAAUGUUGGUACAUUGACAGGGAACGUUGGAAGCUGCUGGGAUUACGUGGACCAGCUAGCCUCCCUUGCGCAAAUUCAUCUUAAAUCAGCAGCUGAGUAUCAUCAAUUCUUCCAUGAGGCCAAUGAGCUUGAGUCAAAGAUGGAAAGACAGUUGGCCAUUGCCAAAGAUCGCCAGGAGCUGAACCCCGGACGACUGAUCUACAAGGAGACCUCACGACUAGCCAACGAAAUAAGGGUAAGAUACGUAGGCUCUUGGAGUUGUUUUCCUUCUUUGAACAAUCGCUUUGCCCAUAAGUCAUGCUUUUAG